UGUUAGAUAUUACCCUGACACCCCUUUAAUGAGGACAGUUCUUGAGAGUCCCAAACGGUGUUGGUUUUCAAUGUAACGGCAGAACUCUUUAUAUGGAACGGACCAUUAAGUAAAACAUGCACGACUGAAUCCUCCCCACCCCCCUUCAUUUUUCUUAUGGCCCGUCCCUAAGGGAAAGAGAUUGAUAACGGAGAUUUCUUAUAGGCAAUCCUGGAAUGGUUUUUAGACGGCUUGAUUGAUUUCAUACUCUUAUAUUGCUACCACCAAAACCUUGCUUCUUUCUAAUGAGAUUUCCGUUAAUCAAAACGUCAGUCUAAAGAAAAGAUAAGAUUCAAUAAAGUUUGUAUAGUCAAAGCGCCUCUUUUCACGUUUUUAUCCAAAUACUUUCAUUGUUUGCGCAACAUAUCUCCUUAUCCUAACUUCUAUGCUUAGAAGGUUUCAUUAUUCUGUAGAAGAAAAAGAAAGAAAAAUUUCAUCAAUUACAUUAUCACGGUUUCCUCAUUAACGUUUUUUGAAAAAUCAUUACAUCAGUUUUUAUAAGUGGAAGCGCGCAAUUAAAUUUUAAAUGUGUUUACUUAAUUACUCAGCUGUAUAGAAUUGGAAAACUAAUUUGAUUUUGAAGAUCAAAAGCAAGAGUAUGAAUUUACUGAAAAGGAAUUGCUACGCUAUAUCGACAGGAAACAUGCUAUCUGCGAACUAUGUUAUCUUUUUGGGGUUCUUUUUCAUCUUCUCCCUCCCUUGCCAUGCGUGCAAUCAAACGGUAAUAACUUUGUCAAAUGGAGAAGUACGUAAUCCAUUGUACCCAUCUUUCUAUCACGGAAACUGCACGCGAACCAUACGCCUCAGUUCCGACCUGUACAUUAGGCUAAACGUCACGUCAAUCAACGUGACAUGCCCCGCCUCCCUCAAAGUUCUAGAUGGUUCAUCCUCCAACCUCACCAUAGCAUCACUGUGCGGAACCUCGGCACCGUCUUACGCCAUGUACUCGACAGCCAAUCAAGUGCAUGUUGCCAUGGAUACGGGUGGCUCGAUCGAGGGAGUGCGGUUCUCGAUUUCGUAUUCGGGAUUGUCAAGACACUGUGGGCCGAAUGACCUCGUGAGCCCGAAUGGAAACUUCUCGUCCCCUAACUGGCCCAUGCCCUACCCUGGUCUGCUGAACUGCACAUGGAUACUAAUACCUCCGAAGGGGCACUACUCCCGGAUAAAAGUAACGUCGCUUAUGUUACAGAACGACCUCUUGAGUCCCUGUGCUAUGCCGCUUUGCGAUCACCUGGAGAUCCGCCGAGGCGUGAACAGCAGUGGCGCGCUUCUAGUCAAGUGCUACAAUUCGAGCUGUGCCGGCAUGGCUAUGAAUCUAACAGUCGAUACGCCGUUAUGGUUCCGUUUCUACUCGGAUAAGUUCCCAGUCCCCUUGGGCGUGAAGCAAGCAGGCUUUUCUAUCGAGUACCAGUACGUUGAUGCUGGCAUUUCUCCUACCACUCCGCCACCAGAACCAGAUCAAUACCGAGGGUUUUAUAAACCCGCCCAAGGCUGCGCUCGAACAGAUACAAAAGCCGUCAUCCGCACGCUGGGUACGACUGGAAGUCUCGACUGCGCUAUGUGGUGUCAGCGGACUACUGAGUGCAAAUCAGUAACCUACGUACCUCAGGCGGGUGGCAGUGAGGCGGGAAAGUGUACAUUGUACCGUGAGGUGUCACCUCGAGAUGAGGUAGCGCACCCUGCAGCUGAGUGCUAUGACGAAGUUAUAUGAACAUCUCGCUGUAGUAUCAUGCGUUUUUCAUAACCAUGUGGACAACAAUGCUUGCUUUGGUGUUAAGGUUGGUUCUCACUUGGACGUAAGCGCAAGCGCAGCGCACGUAAUUUUCCGAUUCUCACAGAAACACAAGCGUAUAGCAGGCGCAAGCGCAAGCGCAAGAGAACGCAACUGCUGGAUUUGCUUGCGAUUGCGCUUGAUUUUCACUUGUGUUGCGCUUCCGUUUGCGCUUACGCUUGCGCUUGCGUCACAGUGAGAGCCAACCUUUAUUGUUGUUAUUAUUUAAACUGAAAAUACCGCGGAUUUAUGAUAUUUUGUAUCAUAUGAGGUAUAUACUGAUAAAAGCAAAAUUCGUAA